CCCGUAUAAUGACAUCGACUUCAAACUCGAAUAAACCUGCAUGCCGUUUGGAAGACAGAUCGAACACUGUCAUUGUUAGAGAGACGCUCAGUCCUAUCCUAGGCUCUGCAUGCUUGAGCUUCGCACAAAAAAUCAUUCAAGGGAAGUUACGAAGGCGACGACAUUGUUGCACCCCAGUCAACAGGAAUAGAGCUAGAAAGCGGAAACAUCGAUUCGGAGGGGAGAGGGAAACAAGCCGCCAACUCGCGAUGGUAGCCCAGAUAGCCUUGGUACAGAUCGACGGUAUAAGCGUAGAAGAAAUGCAAAGACCUGGAAGCGACGCUAUCAGCAAGCCCAUAGCUGACGAGGACGAGUGGGUCGUUUCCUGUCGAUGCGAAUCGGCCAAGGCUGUCUCGACAUUAUUGAGCUGUUUGCAGCAUAUUUCCGGUAGCAGCAAUUCGACUAGUCGAGAUGUCAACCGCGAACGCUUGACUCAAAGCCAUCGCCGGAGUCGUGGAUCAUCUACCAACACGAUGCAACCGGUUACUGUCUUUUGCAGUCCAUCCUCAUUGACAUUUCACGUCUCGGGUAGUUCCAAACAAAUCCAAGCCUCGGUGGAUAUUCAGGCAGGAUUGUUUUCCGAAUAUCGUGUCGUAACCCCACCUGGGGCUUCGACAGAAGCGUGGCAAGCCGGAGGGGAGUUCUGUGUCAAUCUGUCAACCGUCGUCGAAUGCCUCCACCUUUUAGGGACUCAGAAUCUGGAUCAUACAAAACUCUUCCUUUCGUACAAUCUGACACAAGAGCUCUUCAAGAUUGAGCUGCUAGAGGAAUCGGGUGUUUUAUCUACUACAGCUAUCCCAGGAAUGCUGACACCGGAAGAUGACAUCGGCAACUCAUUGGCGUUGGCCUUUCGCUCUUCUCCAGUAGCAGCUCGUAUAAUUGUCAAAUCAGAGACCUUAGGAGAGAUCAUUACCGAGCUGGAGUGCGUGACAGGGGCGUCUUGUGCCACUUGUGCUUUGGGACCGAAUGGGCUGGAAAUGGCGACGGUGGGGCAUUUGGGAGAAUGUUUGGUUUCGAUUCCAGCCCGCGGAAGCCAUGUAGUUUCGCUAGAACUGUCUAAGACGGAAAGUGCUAAGGCUCGAUCAUACCCAUUGAAUUCGUUCUUGGGGAGCAUGCGGGGAUUGGACAUUGCGGAAGAGACGUGUAUAACGAUGAACACUAGUGGGAUGAUGGCCAUUCAGCAUCAAGUCAUUGACGCAAAUGUUGGCGAUGGCAAUCCGAACUUUGUUGACUUUAUAAUGGUAUGUCUCGAGGAUGAAGACGACGAGGAUGACGACGACGAGGAUGACGACGCCAGUAACCAAAGUGCUGCAGGUGUUGGGCCAUUGGAAAAACAGCACGUGUAUCCGGGGCGGGCGCAAGUAGAGCAGCAGGAAGAAUCUUCUUUCGGCCUUUUAUCCCAUGCAACUCAAAGUACAACACACAGAACCAGAGACCAUGACACGGAUGAAAGCGACGACGACGUCGACGACCGCGAGACAAAUGCAACGCUGACGUCAACUUCUGUAACACCUCUAUUCAGCAGCGUCAUCGAAGACUCGCAGGAUCAAAGGCCCCGCGAUGAUUUUUCUUCUCGUUCCGUUCGUCCUAGAACUAUAUCUCAGCCUCGCCGAGAUGGACGCAACACACGAAGUAAAACUCGUCAAGACGAUUACAGUCCAAGCGAACAAUCGCGCAAUUUGCUAGACGAGACAGAAGCUGACGAGGAAGAAACAGAAAAUCAACUCGACGUUACUGCUCCCGUGUCCCCUCUUCACCAUCCAUACCGGGGUGACACUGGUGACUGUUCAUCACCGGAAUUGGUUUAUGGAAGACAACAUUAGUCCGAGGUAGAAAAUAGAAGAAACUAACAUCAUUAGGACUGAUUACACUCU